UCACUCAAACACAACUAUCACUAAUGCGUGUUAUCGGUUAGCGUACAGUUCGCAAAUCAUUUUUUGCAGAAUGAUAUAAACUUAUGUUAUAUUGAUUGUUCUAUUAAAAAUUAAAAUUAGUACAAAAGUAAUUUCAUUUGCCUAAUAUAGUGGUGGAUAAAAUUGGAUACGUGUUGGACGAUGUAAUCUUCUGUCGCAUGGAAAACAUGAAAAAUUGUCAGAAUUUAUAAUAAUAACUGACAAUAAUCUUUUACUUGUGUGGUGAAAAAGUUUCAUCUUUAAACGGCAAGAGGAGAACACAUCAAGAGAAAACACCAUGGCGAAUUUGACGCAAGCUAAAUUGAAUAUUUUCAUGGCUGAAACACAGGAUCAAUUAUUAAAAUUAUUUGAAAAGGAGCUAGUUUUUGAUGAAGUGGUCGACUCGUGGCCGCUUAUGAGUUCACCAUGGCCAGUACUUUCAAUACUAUCUAUGUACUUAUUCUUCGUAUUGAAGCUCGGCCCAAAUAUGAUGGAAAACCGGAAACCGUUUAAUAUCAAAUAUGUGAUGCUUUUGUAUAAUGCUAUACAAACUAUUUAUAAUGGUUGGCUUGUAUGCUGGUUUUUUUUCACGCCUGGAGCAGUGGACUACCACUUGAAUCAUUUAUGCCAUCCACUUCCACGAAAUCUCAAUCAAUUUCUUAUACAUGAGUUAAACAAAGGGUCAUGGUUUUUUUUCCUAUCCAAAGUAAUCGAUUUAUUAGACACAGUUUUUUUUGUCUUAAGGAAAAAACAGUCGCAAGUAUCUUUCUUACAUGUUUAUCAUCAUGUAAACAUGGUAAUCACUUGCUGGGCUUACCUAAGGUUCAUAAAAGGAGAACAACUGAUAUUUGGUGGAAUUAUUAACUCAUUCAUUCAUACGGUUAUGUACAGCUACUACUUUUUGUCAGCUUUGGGCCCCCAUAUGCAAAAAUACUUAUGGUGGAAAAAAUACUUGACUCGUAUGCAAAUUAUUCAAUUCCUAUCGAUCAUGGCAUAUAAUGCUGGCCUAUACUCAUUCAACUGCAAUUUUCCGAGGUUAUUUAUGCUGUACGUGAUUGCUGAUGUUACAUUAUUUUUGUACUUGUUUUUGAUGUUCUAUAAAAGAACGUACGAACAACAAAAGCUCAAAUCAAAAGUACACGUAAAUUGAACGAACAAGAAAAAAUGCCUACAUUUUCAUUGUUUGCGAAAAUGUGAUUUUCUAAAAAAUUGUGUGUUAUCAAUAUCAUUACAAUGGUUUUGUUUAUUCCUAGAAUAAGUACAAUUAAUAAGGUUGCUUUGCAUUAUAUGUUUUGUAAGAUUCAAGUAGAAUCAAAAGAAUUACACUGCGACAUAUAAUGUAGGUAGUUGCUAUAUUAAUAAUAUAUUUGUGGAACAACUACUCAUACAUUUUAUGUCAUUAGUAUUUUAAGGACUUUUUGUGCUUAGAUGCACAUAUGCAAUAUCGACUUCUAAUUCCAACUAGCUGAGGACAGUAAUUGUCUAAAUACCAUGUAUUUAUAUAUUUUUUUUUUAUCUUUUUAUAAUUUAUGUAUUACAAUAUUUAAAAUGUUAUGACUUAUUUUAUAUUUGAAAAAAUGUGUAGGUAUUGUAUAUAUUAUAAACAUAGUGUCAUAUGUAUCUACAAUAUUUAGUAAUUUUCAUAUUAUAUUAACUUAAUGAUCCAUAAAAAUGUAUGUAUUUAUGUGAUUUAUUAUUUGAUAGUAAAUUUAUAAUAAGCAAUUUUGUCUUAAAUAGCAAUUUCAAGACAUUCUAACACUUACUUAAAAAUCAUUAUAAAAUAAUUAUUCGCCUACAACAUGUAAGCUAAAAUUAUGAUUAUUAUUAAAAUGAUAUAAAUACGCAUUGUAAAAAUAUCAUAAAUUAUGAGAUGGCCACACAUAGAAUAUUGAAUAUCCCAUGAUGUGCUAAAUAUGUUGUAGCUGUAUUCUAAUAUAAUAUUUCAAUAGCACUUACCAUUUAAAAGUUUAAAAAUAAUGAUAAAUUCUGUGAGUCAUGAUUAUGAUCAUAAAAUAUUACUUCAGUGUUUGAUAUUUUUAGCAUUGCUUAAAUUACUGAUAUAUUUUUGUAAAAUGUAUCAUAGUUAAUUUUUAAAAGUACAACCAUUUCCCUCUAUAAGGAAUUAAAUUGGUUUCUUAAAAAAUAACUGAUUACCUUUAUUACAAUAAAACAUUGUACAAUUAUAAACUAUUGAGUUAUAAACAUUAAAAUAACUUAAGGAAGUGCAUAUAUUUUAAAGACCAGCUCAAAUUUUAUAAGCCUUAUAUCUGUUUUCAUUAAUAUCUCUUAAUAUAUAUAUAAAUAUACGAUAUACCUAUAAUAUAUGGUUUAUACGUAUGGUUCAAAAUAUAGUCAAAUAUUUGAUGUUUAAACCCGUAAUAAUAGCUUCAUAAAUACUUAGUGGAUAGCUUACAUUCUUUAUUCAAUUACUGAAUUACCAGUAUUAGUUUUAGAAUAUUGUAUUAUUGUGAGACUAUUUAUAUAUUAGUUAUCAUAUUUAUAAUCAAUUUUUGUAAAAUAAAAUUUUAAAUAAUGCAUAAUUGUUAUUUAUAAUUUAAUACUAAUCCAGCAUUUGUAUUUAUUGAAAUUCAAUUAGAGCUAUGUUUUAUAUUGUAAAGAUGCAACGUACCUGAUUUCCAACAGGCUAUACGAUUUUAUUUUUAAUAAAACAUUGUUUACGAUCUUUA